GUUGUGUUUGUUUUUGAAUUUUAAUUGCAAAAAAAAAUCGAUCAUUCUAUUCAAAAAAGAGUGAAGUAAAGGAAUGUUCUGAUGUCUACUUUGGUGAUGCCUGCCGAUUACGAAAUGUUAGUAUCUAGGAGUCCACCAACAGCGUAUAAUCAUAGUCCACCAGCUGGUUUUCUAAUUGAUUAUUGUAACACUCAAGCAUUUGUUUCAAAUAAAUCGAAACCCUUGGCUCGAGUUGUUCAUGCAAAUACCACAGCAUCAAUUAAUUUGAAACAACAAUCGUUUCCAAUUCAAACGAAACCAGUACCAAUUCGUUCUGCAUCGUUUAAUCAAAUUACAAUACCGUCGUCUAAUACUAACACGACACCACCCGCUUCACCAAAGCGACCAUGCUUAGUUGUUCGUUCUCCGCCAAACAAUGAAGAGAGUUCGGCAAAUAAUGAAGACAAUAACAAUGAAAAGAAUAACGAAAACUCGAAAAACAAGAAGAAAGUAAUAUUCGCUGAUGAUCGUGGUAUGUCUUUGACACAAGUACGUGUCAUGACCGAGCCUUCAAAUGUACCACCAUUAUGGAGUUUACGUUUUUUAUCACAAGUUACAAAAGGUAUAUGCGCUGAACCAUUACCUGAACCAUGGGAAAUCACUUUCACCCAACCCGCCUCUGAUUAUAUCAACUUCCGACGUAAGCUAGACACGGAAAAUGUUUCGUUAGAAAAUGUCAUUGUUCGUGAGAAUGAAGCCACUGUUAUUGGUACAGUUAAAGUAAAAAAUAUUGCAUUUUCAAAAGAAGUAAUUGUACGUUCGACCAGCGAUAAUUGGUUAACGCAAGAGGACACUUUUUGUACAUUUGUUUCAAAUAAUUCACAAAUGACCACCGGUGCAGUUUAUGUACUGUACGAUACCUUUUCGUUUAAAUUAACGUUACCACCGAAAUCACGUCGAAUUGAAUUUUGUGUAUGUUUCCGUUGUGAGGGUAAAGAAUACUGGGACAGUAACAAAGGUAAAAAUUAUGUACUCGUGAAAAAAGCACAAAUAUCACCAACGUUCCAAAAAUCAUUAUCCUCUGAUAAUUUAUUAAAAGGACAAUCCCAAAUGAAUAACAAGAACAUCGAAGAUUCAUACAGAAACAAAUAUACGGACAUAACACAAACAAAUGUGACAACAUGGUCCGAAUUCGCAAGCUGGACACAUUUAGAUACAAAUGGUCCAUAUUACUAGAUACAAAAGUAAAAAAGAAUCAUUCAGUGAUUUAAAAGUGCUAAAAUAUAAAAGAUGAUAGAAGAUGAAGUGCUAUCAACUGUCGUCGAAUUCAAGGUGAAAAUAUUUUUUCAUUUUUUUUUUAAAUUCAGUGGCGGAGUUGUUCAUCAAAAUAUAUCAUCAAAAUGAUUGAAGGAAGUAAAGGGUUGGAUAGGAAAAUGAUUUCAAAAAUAUAAUAUUUUAAGUUGUUGAGCCCUUGAUCUACAUUAUAAAAUAUCUAAUAAUAUAAAAUAAUAUGACUACAAAAAAAUGAAACCACAAAAAGAGGUUAUGUUACAAAAUAAAAACCUCAAUAUAAGAAACAUCAGUUGUCACGUCGACUCAAACUAAUACCGGGGUGCUGUUAACUAAAUGUAAUAAGUUGUAAUGGAGUAGAGAGCACCACAUAUAUCGCAAUUCAGAUGAAUUUAUGUGUGAAUUCAAAUGUGCCAAACCUAUUAAUUAUUUAAAGAUAAAAGAAAUAUUUUAAUAUUAAGACUGAUUAUUUGAGAUUAAUAAAAAAAAAUGCCUUACAGGAGUCAAAUAUCCUGUUAGUUGCCAUUACUACACAGGGUUUUUAUAAUAAGUCUUAACAUUACCCAGAAAAACAAAUCGAAAUGACAUUCUCUUAAACAUCAGAGAUAAUCAAACGAUUAAACUAAUCUAUACAUAGCCCAAGAUACGUGAACAAUAGGUAUGUCAUUGUACAAAAAUGAGAGAAAACCUAAUGACAGAUCUAUCGUUGUUAAAAACUAUCAGACUUAUUUUCGAAAUCGAUCCCUAUUCAUAUAAUAAAUAUUUUUGUAUACACUGUGAUAUUAAGAUUACGUAUUUUAAAAAUAAAAGGGAAGAAAAAAAAUUAAUUAAAAAAAAAAUAGAAAAACGCACAUAUGUAAAUUUUUUAUUCGAGGGAAAUAUAUAUAUUUUAUUCAACACACAUUCAUGAUUAUUUCUUUUUUGAAAUGGAAAAGAAAUAAUCAAUGAAUCUACAACUAAUUUACUAUACUACGUCUUAUAUAAAAAAAACCGACUUUGAUAAGUUUGUUUUAUAUGUUUAUUCUGGCACAAAAAUUUAAUCGAGUACUUAAAAAGAUUAAAUAAUUUUGUACACUAAUCAGUUCCUAAUUAGUUUUCCUCUUAUAAUUAAAUCAAAUCGAACUGAACCUAUUUUUUUAAAAAUUGAAUAUCUUUACAUAAACUACCCCCCCCCCUCUACGUAUAAGAAUAGAUAUUCAAAUAAACCGCUUCGUUAUAGAAAGUGAGUUAUUUACUGGAUUGUAGGUAAUUGCAAUCAAAUGUUUUUAAGUUGUUAAUUUAUUUAAUAUGAAUAUGUUAUUAUAUUAUUUCUGACA